AUGGCGCAUUUUGUGGAUAUAAGCUGCUGCGGAUGCGGUAUUUGGUCUGCUCCAGUAAUCAUAAACGCGUCUGCGCGCUCUUUGCGGAUAAGAGCACGUGCUGUCUCUUUGGAUUAUCCCAGUAGGACUGAGCAGAAGAAUGAGACUAAUCUAGUGGUGGUACUACCAGACCGAAGAUUGCGGGAUGUUUUUGUCGAUGCAAGUGCAGACCAUGGAAGUGUCAGAGCAACUGCAGAUUUCAAGAAGGUUGUUCCAUCCUUGGAUGCUAAUCCGAGAAAGCUGUUGAAUGAGCAACUAAAACCAAGAAGGCCCUUGGAUCAUAACUCGGACAAGGUGGCAAACGGGGCAUGCUUUUCAAAGCAUAAGGCCGAGUGCUAUGCGGACAGCCUCCGCAGGCACUGCAACAAUGGGAAGCUCAUUCAAGCUUGCCACGUCAUCGAUGAGAUGGCGUUACAUGGCCAGGUUCCAGAUUCAAAGUGCUGUGUUAGAUUAAUUCGUGGCCUUGUGAGAACUGGUAAGACAAACAAAGCUAAGCAUGUUCUUGAGGUCAUGGUGCUUUCGGGUGGGGUUCCUGACACCAUCACCUGCAACAUGUUGAUUGCGCGACUUUGCUGUGAAGGGCAGCUGAGUUCUGCCAUGAAAGUAUUGGAGGAUAUGAGGUUUACUAGUUGCUCUCCUAGUGGCAUCACUUUCAAUACUUUGAUUAGGUGCAUGUGCAGCCAUCAUAUGUAUGACAGGGCAGUCUCCUUUUGGAAAGAGCAGCUAAAAUUAGGUUGGCCACCAUAUGAGAUGACGAGCACCUUGCUUGUUGACCUUAUAUGCAAAAAAUGUGGCCCUAUGCGGGCUCUUGAAGUAUUAGAUGAACUUGGUUUGGAAGGAUGUCAACCAGAUGUUGUCAGCUACAAUACUCUUAUCAGUGUGUCAUGCAAAGCAGGCUGUUUGAAGAAUGCAAAGUUGAUAUUAACUCGUCUUUCAGCUGAAGGCCUUGAGCCAAAUGGUACAACCUAUUGCAUCUUGCUUCAUUCCCUCUGUGACAAGAGAAGGUGGUCUGAAGUAGGUGAUUUGCUCGCACACAUGAAGCAGGCAAAUCAUAAGCCUGAUGUUACUGCCUACAAUAUCUUUAUAAACUACUUUUGUAGGUAUGGAUAUCUGGAUCAGGCAAUUGAUGUUCUAGAGAUGAUGGUGAACGAGAAAUGCUUUCCUGAUAUAGUGACAUACAACACACUUCUGAAUGCCAUCUCUAAAAGGGGGAUGGUCGAAGAAGCUCUUGGGAUUUUUCAUUCCAUCAGAGAAAAUGGAUGCCAGGUGGUUCGCAUUACAUACAACACCCUCAUAGAUGUUUUAGCAAAGAAGGGUGAGGUUAUUAAUGCUAUGACUUUACUUGAUGAAAUGAUUGUUGAUGGGAUCAGUCCUGAUGAUGUCACUUAUGGUUCACUUGUUAUGGGUUUCUGUAAGAAGAACAUGGCCAAAGAAGCACUGGAGCUUUUGAAUCAGAUGCUUGCUCUCGGCUUUGAGGUUAAAGCAACUACAUUUUCCCUGAUGAUCCAAGCAUUGUGCAAAGGUUGUAAAGCUGAAGCUGCUGCUGAAAUACUAAGAGUAAUGGUAUCAAGAAAUGUCAACCGCAGGAGUGCAUUUUAUCUGUCUAUAGUCACAAGGGUUGCCAAGUCAGGUCGGGUUAAAGAGGCUCAAAUUCUACACCAGGAGCUACUGCAGAGCAAGGUCCUUAAAGAGAAUUCCCAAUUUAUUUUAAGCAGCUAG